AUGGGAGAUGGAGGUGCUAAUGAAUACCAACAACCAGUUAUUGAAGUUAGAAAUGGAGCUACUCUCUCCAAUUGCAUUAUUGGAGCAAAAGAAGGAUUUAAAGCAGCUGAUGGUGUUCACUGUGAAGGAAGUUGUACACUUAAAAAUGUUUGGCACGAAAAAGUUGGGGAGGAUGCCGUUACCUUCCUUGGAACAAACCCAAAUAAUGUGUAUAUAAUCGAAGGUGGCGGAGCCAUAAAUGCAAAUGGAAAAGUUGUACAAUUUAAUGGGGCUGGAACGGCAAAAAUUAACAAUUUUUAUAUGAAAGACUGCACUUAUGGAAUAGCUUCAUGUGGUAAUUGUGUGGCACAAUUUAGCCGCCGUAUAGAAGUUACAAAUUUAAAAGUAGAAAACCUUAAAGCUGGGCAAUUUAUUGUUGCAGUUAAUUCUAAAUUUAAUGAUCAAGCAAUUCUUAAAAAUAUUCAUAUACUUGGAAAAUCAGCAAAACAAGUAUAUCCUUGUAAAAUAUUUAAUGGAGUAAAAGGAAAUGGAAAUUUUAAACUUGAAAAAAUGGGGGCAGAUGGAAAACAUUGUAAAUAUAAUAAUAAUGAUAUUCAUUUUAAUUAG